AUGAGUCAACGUCAGUGCGCGUUGAAUCCCGAAUUCGGCGCGGCAUCUGCGGGUUGCUCGUCGGCUCCGAAUGGAGCGAGGAUAACUGCGGCGACGAACGCGAGUAGUGGGAGCUGUGCAGAGAACUCCGCUGCUCUCGCAUCGGCUGCCGAGGUGGCGGCGCUUGCGAGGACGGCUGCUGUCGCGACAAAUCGGGGAGCAGUUGCCGGUGCCAACCCCCGACGACGAGCCCGCAGAGGCAAAAAGCGCAGGAGCCACGAACAGCAGCAGCAGCAACAGCAACAACAACUUCCAUUGAAAAUGCGGAAAGACCGAAGUCACAGAGGUCUCCUGAAAAAGCGUUGCGUGCAAAUCCGGCCGUGGAACGUUCCCCAGGCCCCGGCGAACUUCACGCAGUUCAUAAUCGACGAUCACUUCGAGUCCUGUCCCGGACUCUAUCAGAGCUUCGAAACUCCUCCCGUUUCGUCUCACCGAAGAAACUCUUCAUCCGAGUCUGACGCCCCCCAUUCGAGCGUCAACUACGACAGUGACGAUCUGGUGAACCAUCAACCUUUCGAUUAUUCGCAAAUGCUGGCUUUCCACGAAAAGGACUUCGAAGAGGUUUAUUCAGACGCGCGAGCGGCCGAAGUCAUUGAGCUGCCUCACGAUCAAUUGGUUAAUAUGUAUUGUGAGAUGGAGAAGCGAGAGACCCAGUUGAGUACCACUUUGAGUAUUUACUCCCCACAACAUCUGCUGGAACACCUGCAGAGACGGUUACUCGACCUCCAAGAAGAGAACCGAGUGCUGAAAGCGCGCAACAGGGCCCUACGUUACGCUCACAGCGAAGACAGUCAAGGUUCCGUGGACUCCGAAAGUGAUUCGAGCUCGUCAUCAUCGUCGUCCAGCUCGUCCUCGUCGUCGUCCGACAGCGAUUGCGGCGUCGCCGACGGCGUUGUCGGCGGAGGUGGUAGCGACGACGACGACGUCGGAGCCGAGACCUGGCGAGAUCAACACGAGGAAGCGCAGGCCGUGCCCGACUGCGCAGCCGUGAACGACAACGCCAUGUUCCAAGUGGUUGCCGAAGGAUCGAAUCACGAUCGACUUCAGGCAGCACGACGUAACCUGAACGAAGGAUCGUCUUCAACGUUAGACUUCAGAAGUUUCCAAGACGCCCUCUUCAAUUCGAGGGACGGCCACGAGUUGCCGUCGUCGCAUCGACAUCACGAUUCGAGCCUAGAUCAGGAACAAGAAGUUCAGGUGUCGUCAUCGUGCAAAACUCCCAGGGAGACCCCUCCUUACGGUGAGAUCGAAGCCAUGGGAUAG